UCGAAAGUAUGACACAACAGCCACCAACUCACACCAGCACACGUGACGUUGCCUUGAUUAUAGCUCACAUUAUCAACCGCAUUUAAACCUCAGUUUCGAUUCCGACUCUCUCUUUCAAUUUACCGAAAUUUAAUUUAAAAAAUGUUCUCUCUCUUCUUCAUUCGAGCCCUACCUUUCUCUCUCUAGGGUUCUUCUUCGUCGCCUGCGAUAUUUUCCCUCCUUCGAUUCUUUUCUCUCAGCCUUCGGAUCUAGGCGCGUCCCACACGUGCGUUGAUAAUGGACCUCGGUGGUGGCCGUAAGCGAGGAAGGCAAGACCAUGCGCUGAACGGCAAUGGUGGGAUCAAGAAAUUUAAGCAAGAAAUGGAGUCCACUCCAACUGGUAUAGGAAGCAAAUCGAAGCCAUGCACAAAGUUUUUCAGUACUUCUGGGUGCCCUUUUGGAGAGGGAUGCCAUUUCUUGCAUUAUGUUCCAGGUGGUUUCAAAGCUGUGUCUCAAAUGCUGAACGUAGGUGGAACUCCUGCUCGUCCUCCAGCUGCUAGAAAUUCUCAAGUCCCACCAUCCUUUCCGGAUGGCUCAUCGCCUCCAGCUGUGAAAACUCGAUUGUGCAACAAAUACAAAACGGCUGAAGGUUGCAAGUUUGGUGAUAAAUGCCAUUUUGCCCAUGGUGAGUGGGAGCUUGGCAGGCCAACUGUUCCAUCCCAUGAAGAUCCUCGUGCCACAGGACCAAUGGGCGCCAGGAUGGGAGGUCGGGCUGAGCCUCCUCCACAAAGUCUUGGAGCUGCAGCUAGUUUUGGAGCCUCAGCCACCGCUAAGAUUAGCAUUGAUGCAAAGCUUGCUGGAGCUAUCAUCGGCAAAAAUGGUGUGAACUCCAAACAAAUCUGUCGCCUUACAGGAGCCAAACUUUCAAUCAGAGACCAUGAAGCUGAUACCAGCUUGAGGAACAUUGAGCUUGAGGGAACAUUUGACCAGAUCAAGCAAGCCAGUGCCAUGGUUCGUGAGCUAAUUGUAAAUAUUGGUUCUGGCUCUGGACUUCCAAUGAAGUCGAACUCCUCGUCUCAAUCAAACAACUUCAAAACAAAGCUGUGUGAGAACUUCGCGAAAGGUUCCUGUACCUUUGGCUACAGAUGCCACUUUGCUCAUGGAGCGGAAGAAUUACGCAAAUCAGUGAUAUGAAUGGUUUAGGGUUGGAUGAUGGGCAUGGCCGGUUUUCUCCUUGUUCCCUCUUAGGACCAUUAAUUGUUGUUAUAGCUUUUGUAUUCGGCGUGUUUAUUAUUAAGUUCUUUUUAUUAUUAUUAUUAUUAUUAUUUUUUUUUUCGGGUGCAGAGAGACAAAAUUGCAUAUGCAUGGGAGUUAGAUUUUUCAUUUAAAUUUAUUAGCGAGGUCAUAUUUAUGGCUAUGGUUCUGGGCUUAUCUAUUCAGAACCUUUUGAAAUGGCUGCCUUUGUUAGUGAGACCUGUACAACCUUUAUAAUGUCCAAUAUUUCAUAUUUGGGAAAUUAUAGGAAUAUUAUGGUUGAUUCAA